AUGAUGGAAAACAGGACAGAAGUAACACAUUUCAUCCUCAUGGGACUCACUGAUGAUCCAGGCCUGCAGCUUCCCCUCUUCAUCACCUUCCUCAUCAUCUACACCAUCACCCUGGCUGGAAAUCUGGGGAUGAUCCUGCUGAUUCUCUUGGACUCUCGGCUCCACACUCCCAUGUACUUUUUCUUGGGUAAUCUUUCCCUUGUUGAUCUUGGUUACUCUUCAGCUAUCAUUCCCAAAGUCAUGGCUGGGCUUCUAUUAGGAGACAAGGUAAUUUCCUACAACAACUGUGCUGUUCAGAUGUUCUUCUUUGCAGGUUUUGCUACUGUGGAAAAUUUCUUGUUGGCCUCAAUGGCUUAUGAUCGCUAUGCUGCAGUAUGUAAGCCCCUACACUAUGCCACUACUAUGACUACAAAUGUCUGUGUGUGUCUGAUCAUAAGCUGUUAUGUCUUUGGUUUCAUGAAUGCAUUUGUCUUCAUUGGGGAUACAUUCAGUCUCUCCUUCUGUAAAUACAAUGUGAUCCAUCAUUUUUUCUGUGAUAUGCCUGCCAUCAUGUCUCUCUCUUGUUCUGAUAGACGUGUGAAUGAGCUGGUUUCGGUUUGUCUAGCCAGCUUCAAUAUCUUUUGUGCUCUCAUAAUUAUCUUAGUGUCCUACAUGCUAAUUUUUAUUGCCAUUCUAAAAAUGCACUCAGGAUACCAGAAAGCUAUAUCCACCUGUGCCUCUCACUUCACUGCUGUCACUAUUUUCUAUGUGACUCUUAUCUUCAUGUACUUACAGCCAAGUUCCAGUCAUGCAAUGGACACUGACAAAAUUGUGUCUGUGUUUUAUACUAUGGUCAUCCCUAUGUUGAACCCCCUGGUCUACAGUCUGAGGAACAAGGAAGUCAAAGGGACAUUUAGAAAAAUUGUUCAUCUAGAAAAAUAA